AUGUCCACCGUUGUCGAUCCUUUGCUUUCAACGGUUACCUUGGAUUUAUUGCGUCCGAAGGAGACAUUUGGAAACCCUGAAGAACAUUUUAGAAAGGUAAGUGUGUAUAGUGUCGAGUAGGUUUAAGCAGAGCGCUGUUAGCGUGAUUUGUUAUUAGUAGUAUGUUACAGCAGUUAGUCAGUUUCAUACCGAGUUGGAAUUUCUGUGAGACGAAACUAACCAAAUGGAACAUUUUUAAUGUUCUGUUUUCAGCAAUGGUUUGACAUCGACAGCUUGAAUUUUUCGCAGUUCAGUAGUAAGGUGGAUAUUUUCGAUGACAGCGGCGCAUUUGACUCCGAGAGCUCAUUGGAUUCAGACUACGAGCUAAAUUACAACGAGAAAUAUUUCUGUCAGGAAGAUCUAAUCGAAAGCAAGCUGAAAGAUACUGCCUUGUUGUACGAAUUGCCUUACCAACAGGAUGACAUUUCUUUGGAGUUACGAGCAGCUAGUCCGGAUGAUUUAUCAAGCUGCAGCCCUACUACUAGUGAGUCGUCUUCGGACAUUGAAGUCCAGCUCGAUUCCAUCGAGCAGACGGAUCUCACGUGCAGUGAUGUGGAAAUGAAACCCGUCUGUGCUGCUAAAACAACGACUGUGAAACAAACUUCAGAGGGAACGCAAACUGACAACGAUGAAGGUUUCGCGGAAUCGAUGAAAUCUGAUUCUUUGACCAAACUGGGGAAGCCAAAAUUGACGAUCGAAAGUUCUACAGCCAUCUCUGGGUCGCCAAAGGCCAACUCGAAUAUAUUAAAAGGAAUUAACACUUCAGAUGCAAAUGAUGCGAAAGAUUCCUCAGAAUCUACUCCAGUGCAACUACCAAAAGGAAAGAAAACAUUAGCAAGGACUCAUAAAUGUACAUUCGAAGGUUGUAAUAAAUCUUAUACUAAGAGCUCGCAUCUCAAAGCUCAUCAAAGAACACAUACUGGAGAAAAACCUUACCAGUGUAACUGGAAGGAUUGCGGUUGGCGUUUCGCAAGAUCUGAUGAGCUUACAAGGCAUUAUCGAAAGCACACCGGAAUAAAGCCGUUUAAAUGCACCACAUGCGAUCGAAGCUUCUCUCGAUCAGAUCAUUUGUCGCUUCACAUGAAGCGUCAUUACUAA